UCGACAUCAUUAAUUUACUUCCCAAUGCAAAUUAUUACGAUGACGACUGGCUUCCAUAUUUUAACUCUCCUGUCCGUAUACCAUGUGGCGCAAAGCUAUAUACUCCUGACUGCUGACUUGGAGGAUGUCCACACGAUAGCCAAACAGAUCGCCUCCUCGCCGGUGGCAGGCCAGCUCAAUAAGAUCAUCAGGAGGGCUUCCAGUCUCUUCAGCCAGCAGGCCGACUCGAGGGUUCAGAAGCGAACUGAUUACAGUGAUGGUGAAGAUACUGGCCAUCAUAACGCAGCGGAGAGCGUUGAAGAAUAUCACAGUGAGGUUGCUGACAGAAGACGCAACACAGAAGAAGUGGUGGCGCUCGGCAAGAACGCAACCCAUUACCUGCAGUCCAUCAAGAAGAUAUUCGAAAAUGUUUAGUACUUUCAAUAAAUAACUGAAAAUACA